AGUUGGUAGUUCCAUGUUCACCUGCAAUUGGGAUCAAAUUAUCAAUACGUAAACAACAUUUCUUUACGUAAGUUAGCCUAAUUACUAUUUCUUAUUAUCGCCUCACGCUAUUAUCGUAAUUGUCUUGUCUUUUACUGAUCGAACAUGUCUGGAAAAGUAUUAUUUUCUGAUGAUAGUGACGAUGAAAAUGCCUGCAAUCUGAAGAUAAACAAACAAUAUGCUGACAAAUAUGAAGCCUACAGAAGAAGCGAGGAGCUCAAAAGCUUGAAAGAGCUUGGCAAGGAAGUGGAGAAAUAUGAUACAGAUAGCAGUGAGAUCUCGUCAUCAGAUGAACUGGCAAAUCCCUCGUCUCAGUCCAUGGAAUAUGUUGCACAAAUUUUGGAAGCAGUCAAGUCCGGCAAAGGCAAGGAGCUUGCCCGAGAUCCCAAAUUCUGGAAAAAAAAUCCUCUGGUCACCCAUCAGAAGAAACAAGUUAAAAAGAAAAUUAAAUCAAAGACCAAAAAAAAUGGCAGUGGAGCAGACGAGGAGCCUUUCACUGUUGAAAACAUUCAACGGGAAUAUGUUGAACAUAUGGAUCAGGGUGCCGAGGAUUCAGAAGAUGAAAACAUACCCAUGGAAGCACCAGCAAUACUGAAGCAGAAAAUCUGCUUUGAUGAGAGUGAUGAAGAUGAAGAGUUGAUUAAAGUCCCUGAGGAAACACCUCAGCCUGUCAAGGUUAAAAAAGUAAAGCAGCCAAAGAAGGCGGAGCUAAAGGAGAGACUGUCUAAAGCUCUCCUGAAACCCAACAUGACGGAAGAUGAGAAAUGGAUGGCGAAUUACCUUCUGGAGCAGCACAAGGAGCUCGAGUGUGACGAUGAGGCACCAUGCCCCGGCAGUGACAGUGACAGUGACAGCAGUGAUGACAGUGACACCGAGCAGCCUGAUGAUGAAGAGGAACAGCUCAACAUCCGUGACACACUCGCCAAGUUCGCCGCAGAGGCCGAGCCCCACCGCCCCACGACAUACCCGUACCAGUUGCGGGGCACGGCCCGUGUGCGGGACACGAGCACCCACGACAAGAAGGUAGCCUACGCCGCGCGCCGCAAGCUCGCCAAGGAGGAGUUCAUGAGGCGCGAGCAGGAGGCCCUCAGGAUCAAGAAGGAUCUGCUGGUGCAGCGCCUCGAGGCCAUCAAGAAGACGUCGGGGCAACAGACGCUCGCUUUUGAUGACAAAGAGCUGGACGAAGACUUCGACCCUGCGGAGCACGACAGGAAGAUGGCGCUCAUGUACGACCACGAGGACGACGCGGGAACUGACGUGCAGAAACCCAAGUUUGAAUACGACGAGUAUAUUGGUGAGAGGUCGGGGGUGUUGCACGGCAGGGGUGAUGUGUUGCACGGCAGGGGUGACGUGUUGCACGGCAGGGGUGACGUGUUGCACGGCGGUAUAUUGGACGUGGCCACGUCGACCCACAUAGAGGGCCCAAGAAUAAAAGAGGAGAAGAAGCGUCGUCGUAAGAAGGCGGGCCUGGUGGAGGCCCUGCGGCGGGACAAGCCCGUGUUCGACGGAACCCAGCACAACUUCGAUGAAUACUUCGACGAGUACUACGCCGGCCACUGCGAGGACGUCAUCGCGGGGGACAUCAAGUGUCGCUUCAAGUACAGGACCGUCGAGCCUAAUGACUACGGGCUGUCCUUUGAGGAUAUCGUGAUGGCAGAGGGGCAGGAAUUGAAGCGCUGGAACGGCCUGGCCAACAUCCUGCGCUACGACCGAACCCAAGAACAGGAGCGCCGCGAGCGAGCCUACUUCAGGAGGAACAGGAAGAGCGUUAAACACAUGGCUAAAGUGUUCCCUUCGCUCUACACCUAUUCGCCUGAGGAGGCAGAAGCCGAAAAAGGCGAGAAGGACGAGGAGACGAAGAAGAUGGACAAAAACUUCGCCAAGAAGAUGAGGAAGGAGAAGAAAAAGAAGGAGGCUGCUGAGGAAGGAGGCGUGGCAACCGCAGACAAUAAAAGCAAAUGUCCCGACAUGGCGGAGCAAAACCAGGAGGAGGGAGUAAAUAAGGAGCAAGAGGGUAUGACGAAUGAUCGGUUACAUUCUGGGGAGCGGUUGAAUCACGGAGACGGGUUAAAAACCGGGGACGCUCAUGUCGGGAACGUUUCAACCGACGCCACAAACGCCCCGACGUCUCGCCCUAAACACGUGACUUUAUCCCGGCCACAGACGAGCGUCAAGGCUCGUCUGGACCUAGACAGACGAGAACUAGACCCCCUGGCAUCGUCCAAGACGGCACAGUCGUCCCGCCUGAUCGUGGGCGACGGCCUGUCGACCGUCCUAAAGCUGGACGCCUCGCGCCUCGCCGCGUACUCCUUCAGCGACCCAACGCGCCUGCAGAAGUUCGCGCUCUACAAGGAGAAGAUGAUCGAGCUGGGGCACGACCCUGACCAAGUCAUCGACAUGGAGAAGAAGAGGAAGAGAAGGAGAAUGGAGGAGAAGAUGGAGAAGAGAGGAGGAGUGGUCAUGUGUGAACAGGAGAGGGAAAUGAAGAGGGAGGAGAAGAAGCAGAAAAGAAGAUUGGCCAUACAACGGCAGAUUGAGGAGCGGAAGAGACUGGCCGCACUCAAGAAGGCUCAGAAAAGCGAUUAGUUGUGACCCACUUUUGUAGCAAACUACUAGUGAUAUAUGUUGUUAUUGUGUACGGAAUAUACGUACGGAAGAUAA